AUGGAACCAGUAGCAGCAGCCAUUACAAAAAACAAGACCGGUUAUGAUUCAUUCUGGUUCACCAAUGUUAAUAUGAAAGUGAGUAGCAGCGACCCUUUGAAUUGGGGUAUUGUGGCGGAGGCAAUGAAAGGGAGUCACUUAGAUGAGGUGAAGCGUAUGGUGGAACAAUACCGGAAGCCGGUGAUCCGUCUUGGUGAUGAGACACUUACCAUUUCUCAUGUGGCUGCCAUUGCACACAACCAUGGUGUGAAGGUGGAGCUUUCAGAAUCCGUUAGGACCGGAGUUAAAGCCAGUAGUGAUUGGGUAAUGGAAAGUGUGGAAAAUGGCACGGAUACUUACGGUAUUACAACAGGUUUUGGCUCCACGAGUCGCCGUCGAACCAAACAGCAUUGCACUUUACAGAAAGAACUAAUCAGGUUUCUGAGUGCUGGAAUAUUUGGAACUGGAAGUGAGUCAAACCACACACUACCUCACACAACAACAAGAGCUGCUAUGCUUGUGAGAAUCAACACACUUCUCCAAGGCUAUUCGGGAAUUAGAUUUGAAAUUUUAGAAGCCCUUGUCAAGCUCCUUAACAACAACGUCACCCCAUGUUUACCACUUCGUGGUACAAUCACUGCUUCUGGAGAUAUUAUUCCUCUUUCUUACAUUGUUGGUUUGCUAACUGGAAGACCAAAUUCCAAAGCUCGUGGACUCUAUGGAGAAAUACUAGAUGCCAAAGAAGCUUUUCAAUCAGCUGAAAUCAAUGUUGAUUUCUUUGAAUAA